AUAAAUCAGAAUCAAGAGGGGACAAAAUACAGAGCGACUGGAUAAAGUAAUCAAGGACCCCCUAAACAUCCCGGACAAUCAUUUAUCAUUGCCACAAAAUGGAUGAGAGAGUAUUUGCUUUAUCGGACCAUGACUAUCAAGCACACAGUCCGGGUGUGAAAUCUUCCGCCGAUGAACACGUGGGUGACGAGAACGUGGAGCGAGGCAACUGGUCCUCGAAGACCGACUACCUGCUCUCAAUGAUCGGCUGUGCUGUGGGCCUGGGCAACGUCUGGAGAUUCCCUUACCUGGCGUACAGGAACGGAGGAGGUGCAUUUCUUAUUCCUUACACACUGAUGUUGGUGAUGGCUGGGAUGCCCGUAUUUUUCUUGGAAUCCUCCCUUGGGCAAUUUGCCAGCCGUGGCUGUGUCCGUGUGUGGAAAGCUGUGCCAAUUCUGCAAGGUGUGGGGAUAACUAUGAUGAUUAUGGUUACAUUUUCCAGCGUUUCCUACAACUGCAUCAUCGCCUACAGCCUAUUCUACCUGUUUGCCUCCUUCCAAUCCCCACUGCCAUGGUCAGACUGCUUCAGCUGGUGGGGUGCAGAUGAAACCUGCAGUCGGACACCCAGAGGUAUCGUGUUAAUAUCUCUAACAGUUCUGGAUCAGAGAACAACAGGGGUUGGCAUCGGUCCAUCUGUGAGAGAUAAUGGUGCAGCUUUGACGGUAUCCUACUUGGAGACGGCAAUGUUUCAUCUGUGGUUGCAUCUCCUUUCUGGGGCUGACACAGGUGAAGUUGCUUCUGACCGUUGGGCUGGGACGUGUGUUACUGUGGCAUUUGACCAUUUUGUGGCGUUGGUGCCUGACUUUAUGUGCUGUCGUAGUGCUUCAUACCCGCCUGGAGUGACCCUGAUUAUUUGUAUGGAAAUGAAUCUUUGUUCCAAAAGAAAUGUUCUUCUCAUCCACACCCCACAUUUUCCAGAUCACGCUCUGCAAACCUCACUCUGGAUGAAAUCGGAUAUUUUAAUGAAGUUGUUAAUUACAACAAUGAAGACCCUGGGGCUGCGCGAGGCAAACAAUAAAACCUGUGUUCCAAAUCUCUCCCUGGGAUCGAGGAAAAGAAGCCAUGUUACAUCACCGUCGCCGUCGCGGGGCUGGCCGAGUCCGGACGGUGGGAGGAGCGCUGUUGCUGCUGCUGGGGUCCCCACCAACAGCGACUCCCCCGCCCGAGUUGCGGGGUUGAGCAAUACUGGCGCGGCUAAUGGCCGUAACUUUAAUGGGGCUAACAAAGUGGCUUUACGGCGGUCAAGUUCCAUGGAUGAGACAGGGGAGAUAGUCUGGCACUUAGCUCUCUGUCUGCUCCUGGCCUGGCUGAUUGUUGGGGCCACCCUGUCUAAAGGAAUAAAAUCUUCAGGAAAGGUGGUUUAUUUCACUGCAACAUUCCCGUACGUGGUUCUGGCCGUACUUCUGAUCCGAGGACUGACCCUGGAGGGAGCCCGGAAAGGGAUUGAAUUCUACAUUGGAAGUCAGUCGGACUUCUCAAAGCUAGCUGAUGCUGAGUUCCAUUGUAUCCACUGUUCAGGUUUCGCUUUGGUUUUCAUCGCCUACCCAGAGGCUCUUGCUCAGCUGCCGUGGGCUCCCCUAUGGUCCACUUUGUUUUUCUUCAUGCUGCUCACUCUAGGACUCGACACUCAGUUUGCAGCUGUAGAAAUAAUUAUAACAAACCUAGUGGACCAGUUCCCCAAGCUGCUGCAAUCAAAGCGUUUUUAUCUGACCGCUGGAGUUUGCUCCCUGAUUUAUUUUCUUGGUCUUGUGUUUGUAACAGAGGCUGGAAUUUACUGGAUAAACUUAAUUGAUUAUUUCUGCACUGGAUGGAUUCUCAUUAUAGUAGCUCUGUUGGAACUCAUCGGUCUAAGCUGGAUUUAUGGGGUAAACAGAUUCAUCAAGGACAUUGAGAUGAUGAUUGGGGAGAGGAGCUGGCUGUUCUGGCUGUGGUGGAAAGUGUGCUGGUGUUUUAUCUCGCCGUGUUUGCUGGUGGUAAUCUUAGCCUGGUCUUUGGCGACAUUUACCCAACCAACAUUCGGACAUGUUCAGUACCCCAUUUGGGCAGUAGCACUCGGCUGGUGUAUGAUCAUCUUCUGCAUUAUGUGGAUCCCUAUCAUUGCCAUCGUGAGAGUUUUCCAAGCUGAGGGCUCCACAUUGUAUCAGAAGCUUUCUACUGCUUGUUCAUCAGCUCCAGAUUGGGGUCCAUACUUGGAAAAGCACAGAGAUGAACGGUACAGGAACAAGACAAAAUCAACUGAAGUUUCUAACCAACUGCUUGUUUUUCCAACUGAGAUUGGAACAUUUAAGGAAGUUUCUUAAACUUUUAAGCCAUGGCUUGAGGUCUGUAGUUAAUCUGUAACCUCAGUGGGUGUUCCUUGGAACAGCCAGCAACUUGCUGAAACACACAAGGGCAUUGAUCUUGGUUGGGCUGGGUUGAGGGGAGAUUACUGAGCAUCAGAGUUACUACACCGUGACCAUUUGUACACAUCCCUCAUGACUCCUGGGGUGAAUAUACGAGAUUCCAAUCAUUUAGUUUAGAGAUACAGCGCGGAAACAGGCCCUUUCGGCCCACCGAGUCUGCACCGACCAGCAGUCCGCACACAUUAACACUAUCCUAUACCCACUAGGGACAAUUUUUACAUUUACCAAGCCAAUUAAUCUACAUACCUGUACGUCUUUGGAGUGUGGGAGGGAACCGAUGGUCUUGGUGAAAACGCACGCAGGUCAUGGGGAGAACGUACAAACUCCAUACAGACAGCACCUGUAGUCAGGAUUGAACCCGGAUCUCCGAUGCUGCAUUCGCUGUAAGGCAGCAACUCGACCGCUGUGCCACCGUACCGCCACAUUGAUGUCACUGUGUCCCAUCAGGGGGACCAAGAUGCCCAUCUACGGUAGUUCCACCUGCCCACAUUUCGUCCAUAUCCUUCUGAAACUUUCCUAUCCACCUACCUUUCCAAAUCAAUAUUACUAAAACUC